GCCCCGUCGCGCCCGCGCCUGCGCCGUGCACACCAACCGGCCUCGAGCGCCCCGGCGGGAGGUUUUUCCAUGUGAGUGGGGAAGACAGUUGCUGCAAGUAGAAGUGACAUAACAUUUUUCUAGAAUGUCUGAAGAUGAAGAAAAAGUGAAAUUACGCCGUCUUGAACCAGCUAUCCAGAAAUUCAUUAAGAUAGUAAUCCCAACAGACCUGGAGAGGCUAAGAAAACACCAGAUAAAUAUUGAAAAGUAUCAAAGGUGCCGAAUCUGGGAUAAGUUGCAUGAAGAGCAUAUCAACGCAGGCCGUACAGUUCAGCAACUCCGUUCCAAUAUCCGAGAAAUGGAGAAACUUUGUUUGAAAGUCCGAAAGGAUGACCUAGUACUUCUAAAGAGAAUGAUAGACCCUGUUAAAGAAGAAGCAUCAACAGCAACAGCAGAAUUUCUUCAACUCCAUCUGGAAUCUGUAGAAGAACUUAAGAAACAAUUUAAUGAUGAAGAAACUUUAUUACAACCUUCUUUGACCAGAUCCAUGACUGUUGGUGGAACAUUUCAUACUGCUGAGGCUGAAGAUGAUCCUCAGAAUAUGACUCAGGUAUAUGCGUUGCCUGAAAUUCCUCGAGAUCAAAAUGCUGCAGAAUCAUGGGAAAGCUUAGAAGCGGACUUAAUUGAACUUAGCCAACUGGUCACUGAUUUCUCUCUCCUAGUGAAUUCUCAGCAGGAGAAGAUUGACAGCAUUGAAGACCAUGUCAACAGAGCUGCUGUGAAUGUUGAAGAGGGAACCAAAAACUUGGGGAAGGCUGCAAAAUACAAGCUGGCAGCUCUGCCUGUGGCAGGUGCACUGAUCGGAGGAGUGGUGGGGGGUCCGAUUGGCCUCCUUGCAGGCUUCAAAGUGGCAGGAAUUGCAGCUGCACUUGGUGGUGGGGUGUUGGGCUUCACAGGUGGAAAACUGAUACAAAGAAAGAAACAGAAAAUGAUGGAGAAGCUCACUUCCAGCUGUCCAGAUCUCCCCAGCCAAACUGACAAAAAAUGCAGUUAAAACCCAACUUCAGUCUUAUUGGCGCCAACAUGUCUAUCCUAAUGAGGACCUUUGCUGCUGUUGGACACUCAGUCAGUUUUGGAACAUGAUUAUAUCAAGAUAGUGGCUGUAGAUGUUCAAGUGGGAUUGAACUGUGAUAAGUGGAUAUAUUUUGUUGUUUGCUGGAGUGUUAAUGGAGAUGUUAGAGAUUGAGGAGCCUGGGAUGAGGGUGUGUAGUGUUGUCGGGUAAAGUUUAAAGACUGCCAAGGAGCAGGUUUUCUGCCUGGAAAUGUGAAAAUUGAGCUUACAACUCUGAUAAGACUUGAGAUGUAUGGACAUGAUGGGUUAUGGAAGACUAGUUUAUUCUAUAACCCUGACUUGGAGACCCUAGGGUUAAGUAUCUUAUAAAUAUGUUUGUUUAUCUCCCAAACAUAGGAGAUUAUUUGGCCCAUUAACAAAGAAAAGAAUGGGGAGUUUAGGAGCCUUUCUUAUCAAAUAAGGAAGUCGGGAUCUCACGAGGGGGAACAGGUGAGCUACAUGGUGGAGUCCAUUUGGUGAACCUUAUUGCAGUUUGGUCACCUGUAUUUUCUGGUGACGGACACUAAUAGUGUCAGAAAAUGGAAAGAGAGGUGCAACUUCUCUUUCAGGUAACUUAAUUUGUGACACUGGCUUCUUUUCUGAACUCUUCUUUCUGUCUCUCUUUAAAUAAAGAACACAGAAUCUCAAGUGGUAGGAGACUAUUAAGCCAGUCACUGAGCUUGCUCUGUCAGUCUGUCUCUUAACCCCUCAAAGAUCCAGUGGCCUCUGCCUUCCCUCCCUUGUAAUUUUGAACAGUCCUUUGACUUGUGGGGUGAAUUCUACCCAUGUGUAAUGAGGACUUUUCUCAUAAUCUGCUUUCUUUACUGUCUCCCAUCUCUGUUUCCUUCCAAUCAUCCUUACUUGUAACCUCUAGGUGAAAGAGAGAAAAAAAGGGAAGAGAAAUCUCCAAAUAUUUCCAACAUUGUUAGAGUUUGAGGUAAAAAAAAUAAAUAA